AUGGAAGUGGAUACUGAGCACAGAUCAUCUUCUCCCAUAUUGGAUCGCCCGUUCCAGCGACCAUUUCGAGGUGACGUUGAUGCUGUUGAACGAGUGAAGGAGGGAUGUGCACGAAUUUUAUCUCGAAUCAACGUCAAAGUACCGGAAACUGUAGGAGAAGAUUUUCUAAUAUAUGCUACGAAUGCGUGCUGUGCUGAAUGGAAACUUCGUCAACAGAAUUCAGAAAUUGCUUUGAAAGUGGGUUUUUGA